AUGAUGGAUGUGAUAAAUUUACCUAAGAAUUUUAUUGGUUUGGUCGUGAACUGUGUUAGAACACCAAAAUUUUCUUUAAUGAUGAAUGGCUCUUUACAUGGUUACUUCAAGUCCAAGAGAGAACUGAGACAGGGAGAUCCUAUGUCUCCUUUGUUAUUUGUGAUUGGGAUGGAGUACAUGUCUAGGAUUAUGAGGAAAGUUGGAGACUUGGAGGAGUUCAAGUAUCAUGAUAAUUGCAAGACUUUGAAGUUGAAUCAUUUAUGCUUUACAGAUGAUGUUCUCUUGUUUAGUAAGGGUAAGUUUAUCCCCAUUUACAAGAUGUUGCAAGGUAAAAUUAGAUCUUGGAGCACUAGAGCUUUGUCGUUUGCUGGGAGAGUUAUUCAAGUUAAUUCUGUGUUGACGACUUUCCAUGUUUAUUGGAUUCAGAUUACUGUUUUACCAAAGCAGGUGUUCAAGGACAUUAAUUCCAUAUGUAGAGCUUACUUAUGGACUGGUAAGGCUUAUAAUCAGUCUGCUAGUAAUAUUGCUUGGCAUAAAGUUGUUAAGUCUAAGCAUAAAGGUGGAUUAGGCUUCACUAAUAGCAAGGUGUGGAAUAUGGAAGCCAUUGGGAACCAUGUUUGGAAUGUUUCUAGAAGAAGGACAAUAUAUGGAUAA